AGGUUGAAGGAUCGGCCAGAAGUGUCCAAUAAGACAACCUGCCCUGAAGCUUAUCAGGGCAAGAAAAACUUGUUUUCUCCAAGAAGCUGUUGGAAAACAUCCUCUUGAGACGACGGGCUAGAGACCCUUGCACCCUCACUUCCUAUAGCCUUGCUUCUUCGCUGUCAAUGGCUGUGUUGACAAAAAUGUGUUACUUGGAUCUCUGAGCAACACCGCUACAUUUGUACAGAUUUCUUCAACCAGAGACACUGAAAGUACUGCCACAUGUGGCCUUUUAUGGAGCGACCUUUCGUUCUUUUUUCUCUCUCUUUUUAGCACCCAUGGAUUCUGCGAUUGCAAAGCACUGUCCAGAGCUUGUAGCCGGUGAGCGAAGCGGUCAUACGGCUGUAGUUGAGGGAAAUUUCCUGUACGUGUGGGGAGGCUACGUGUCAAUUGCUGCUGCUGAAGUUUUCCUACCCAAUGAUGAAGUCUGGUUUUAUGAUUUAGAAAGAGGUGUAUGGGAAAUGGGCAAGAUGUCUGGAGAGGUCCCACCCCCAAUGUCAGGCACCUGUGGCUGCUCUCUGAAUGGAGACAUGUACAUAUUUGGGGGAUGUAAUGACAACGGACAGACCAAUCAGCUUUACUGUGUCAAUCUCCUGGAUGGGAAAUACAGCUGGAGGAAAGUGAACCAUAAGAGUGGCUCCACUCCCUCACCCAGAGAUAAGCUCUCUUGUUGGGUUUUCAAUGGCAGACUCAUCUACUUUGCUGGAUAUGGUCAUAAGCAACUUGAUGACAUCCGUAACAACAGAAGCUUCCUGAUGGAUGAGGCAUCAACGUUAAGGGUGGAUGACAUCUAUUGGGGAUGGAACAAUGAAGUCCAUAUGUUUGACCCAACAUCGGCCAGUUGGAGUGAACCACAUACCAGUGGUCGUGCCCCUGACCCCAGAGCUGCCCAUGCCAGUGCAACACUUGGCCACAAAGGAUACGUAUGUGGGGGCAGAAUAAGGGAAUCCAGGACAAGUGACAUUCAUUGUCUAGAUCUAGAAUCAUGGACAUGGUCUGAAAUAGUACCAGCAUCCACUGUGCCAAUGGGAAGGUCGUGGCACACCCUCACUGCAGUAUAUGAUAGCGCUUUGUUUCUAUUUGGAGGACUGGGUAUAGACUGCGAACCAAUGAGUGAUGGCUGGGCAUUUGAUGUUGAGACAAAGAAAUGGAGAGCGCUUGAGCAUCCAUACAUGAACAAACCAAGAUCACCCGGUAAUGCUAUCUGCAAGGUUAGCUCCAGGUUGUGGCACACAGCAUGCCAAGGGAAGGACUCUGAUGUCAUUGUUUUUGGGGGUAGUUGCGACUACAUCCUCCUUGUAGACACAGGUCACUGCAAUGAUGCACUUGUUUUCCAGAUCCAGCCCUACCCCCUCUUUCGGAUAUGUGAGGAUUACAUAGCCAAGAAUGUGAAGAACUGCAAGCUGCUUCAAAAACAGCUUCCAUGUAUGCCCCCAAAACUUCUGUCAGCUGUACAGAGGAGAAUGUCAUUUUUUUGAACAUCUAGGAAAAUAUAGCAUUGUCAUAUGUAAAUAUUAAUUAGAGGGAAAUGUUCAAUAGUAGACUACAGUAAAUUGAUAAUGCAGAGUUCAUACUCCAUGUUCUACAUAUUACUGUUGAUAAGGCCUUCAGGGUAUGUGGGGAGAUUCGUCUUUCAAAAGAUUGUAGUUUAUUAUCAUUAUGUAUCCAUAUAUUUUUUAUGUUUUACAGUUGAUUUUAUAUAAAUGACUGAAUGGGUGUGUCUUCUGCCUGCAACAAAGGCAUUUUAAUAAACAAGACUGUUGUAAUGUUU